UCCCUGUCUCGAUACAAACAACCAAUCAGAUCCGCCCGUUCUGACCGGAAGCUGUGUUGUUUACAUUUUCCAAGAUGGCGGCGGGGAUGUAUUUGGAGCAUUACUUGGACAGCAUAGAGAACUUACCUUUUGAGUUGCAGAGAAACUUCAAUUUGAUGAGAGACCUAGAUCAACGCACGGAGGAUCUAAAAGGACAGAUAGACUCAUUGGCUAAAGAAUACACAGCCAAUGCCCGAACUCUGUCCUCUGAGCAAAAGCUGUCCAUACUUAGGCAGAUUCAGCAAUCAUACAGCAAAUGCAAAGAGUUCGGUGAUGAUAAGGUGCAACUGGCCAUGCAGACCUAUGAGAUGGUCGACAAACACAUCAGGCGUCUUGACACAGACCUAGCCCGGUUUGAGGCUGACUUGAAGGAAAAACAGAUUGAGAGCACAGACUAUGAUUCAACUUCCAGUAAGGGGAAGAAAGGUGACACGAGACAGAAGGAAAAGAAGACAGCAAAGACCAGGUCUAAAGUGAAGAGUUCAGAUGAAGAUGGCAGUCCCAAGAGUGCACAGAAGAAAGUGAAACUCCUCCAGCCAGGGGAAUUCAACAGCCCUUCUUCCAACUUCGGAAAUGUGCACCCAUCUGAUGUGCUGGACAUGCCGGUGGACCCCAACGAACCCACCUACUGUCUGUGCCAUCAGGUGUCCUAUGGAGAAAUGAUUGGCUGUGACAACACUGAUUGCUCCAUUGAGUGGUUCCAUUUUGCAUGUGUGGGCCUGACAACCAAACCACGAGGCAAAUGGUAUUGUCCACGAUGCUCCCAAGACAGAAAGAGGAAAUAAACAUACCUGCCUGUCCUGAAACAAAACGUGAACAUUAAUGAGAUGGAAAAUGAGAAGAAUAUUUCUUCAUUAGUUACUAGAAUUUUUUUUUUCUUAAUUUCUCAUUAUCCUUAACAUUUGGUGCUUUUUUCUGGUUUACAUAUUUACCUUGGUCUGAUGCAUUGUGUGUGAAGGAGCCACCUGAUUACAAACGUAUUUAAAUAUGUUUUUUAAUGGUUAACUUUUUUUUUUAAGUUACCUGUGAUGCUCUUAUUGUGA